CGUCAAAUGGUGUCUUUUCACCACCUGACAAAAUUAUCUCCCAGAUAAAUAGCUCUUAUUCGGCAGAUACACUAUUCGGAACUUUGAGUUCCGAAUAGUCGCCGAUUCCUACAGAUAUCUGACGGCGACAGCCGAUGGCGCAGCGAACUUACGCGAUUGCUCACUUGUCGAUGACGUGCCAUUUCUGCCAAAGACCGUUAUAGGUUAUGUGGUGUAGGUGUUGUUUUUAUUUGAAUCGUGAGUGAUUUUAUUAUUUAAAAAAAAUGGGCAAACGAAAAAUUGAAAAUGAAGAAAAACGGAAGAGGGAGCCAAAUUACACGAAGGCUGAAACAAGGCGGCUUUUAAAAAUUAUUGCUACUAGGGCGCAUAUUAUUGAAAAUAAAAGAACCGAUUCCGUCACGUGGAAGCAGAAAGAGGAGACGUGGAAAGAAAUUGCUGCCGAAUACAAUGCAAUAACAGGAAAUGUAAUCCGAACACCAGAAAGGAUUCGUCAAAAGUACGAAGCGACGAAGAGAGAUAUAAAACGCAAAGUUGCGUUCAAUAAAAAAGAAACGUACAAAACUGGUGGCGGAUCUUCCCAGUAUAUGAGUUUUGAAGAUUAUGAGACCGAACUGUUAAGAGUCCCUAACAGUGCCUGUCAAUGGACUUCCAUCCGAAUUUGAUUCAGAUGAGGGAUUGAUUCCUAUGGCAAUGAAUGGUGAAACAUCAGAUAACCCGAACAUUGAAAUUGGAGUCAAUGAGGAUCUAACAUCAGAUGCUCAAGUGCCACAAAUAAUAAUUGAUGAGGCACAUGUUGAUCCAUCUGAAACAGAGGAAUCCAUCGUCCCGGGACUUUUGCAGGUUUGCUCAAAGGACGGAGGAGAGGGUUCAAGUACAGGAGUGAACUCAAAUAUUAAAUGGACGGGAUGGUCUCCUGCACAACUAAAAACAAAAAAACAUCCUCUCCUAAAUCAAAAAAAGGCAAAGGGGCACUGUACCAAGGACCAAUUAAACGUGAAAGUGGAGAAUGUGGUGAACUCACGUCAUAACCUUGUAGAAUUGCAGAAGAAGUACCUGGAAAACGAGGAGCUUCGUCGAGUUGAAGAACAUGAAUUAAAAAUGGCAAUUCAGAAACAGAAAUUAGCCGCUUUGGAUUUAGAAAUCGAGAGGGAACAGAAACUGUAUUUAAAAAAAAUGGAGUUUCUAGAAUGUGAAUUAUCGAUUAAAAAAAAAACACUAGAGUUGCUAGAAAAAUAAAACAUUUUUUUAUUU